AUGCCGGGGAUUACUAAAAUCCCAUCUCUUGGGCGUCCCGAGGAGCGGAGUUCAAGCUCCAAAACACACCAACUUCAUGGCACACUUGUUCUGGAUGCUCGGCUGAAGGUAUCUUGUUUUGCAUCUGAGCGUGGCUCGUCCCGUACAAUGUCACCGCCAACGCUCCUUUCUACCGGCACCCGCCUUGUCCAGUGCCAAAACAUCCCCGCCGCAACCGUCUCCCGUCAUUUUCAGCGACUCGCAUCAUCGAGCAGCUCAAGAGCUGGCUUCAAAUCGUCGGGAGUGCCUUCCGGCACCGGCCGUGUGUCUCUGUCCUCCUCACGUUGGCGGGCCGCCCAAGAGUUUCCAAUCUUUCCCCCUCAUCGGAGGAACAACCGCACCUUGCUCGAUCGCAGACUUGCAUUCUCCACAACGGCUUUGAACCACACAACAAUAGUGGCUCUAAACCCCAGAGUUGAUGAUGAUGGAAAUCCGAUGACGAUUGAAAUAUCUCCCCGCGCAGCGAAGUUUCCCAGAAAUGAUUUCCUUCGCGUUCCGGAUUUGCGUUGGGCAUUUCACUGUUCAGCCUUGCCGUUGCUAACAAGUUCUACCCAUAAGCGUCUCCGACAAUUAACUGACCCGUCGUCCAAAUCCUCCCUGAACUCUAAGUCCGAACCAUACGACCAUCUCCGAGUCACUGUCACAAGCGGCGGUUGCCAUGGCUUUCAGUAUAUAAUGUCUCUCGACCCACGGUCCAAAAUCGACCCAGAAGAAGAUACUGUUUUUGAAGAAGAGACCCAAGACACGCCCAUGGAAGCAUCGUCAUCCCCCGGUCUCACUUCCAAAACAUCCGCGGGAGAAGCGAAAGUCGUUAUGGAUUCUGCAUCUCUUGAACUGCUUAAAGGCAGCACCAUUGAUUAUACGGUUGAACUGAUAGGAAGUCAGUUCAAGGUCGUGAAUAAUCCAAGAGCGACGAGUAGUUGUGGAUGCGGUACUAGUUUCGACGUUACUGAGGGAUGA